UACUGCCAUUGGCUUUUUCGAUUAUAUAUAUAGUUAUUUCGCCACAUGUGAGUAAAAGUUUUUCACCUGAAAAAUCAAUUUAUUCGCGAUCUUAAUUUGUUUUUUGGGAGAUAUAUCCAUCCAUUUACCCGCCCCCAUAGCUUCUCGCCAAAUCGGUCAUCCGGAGGCAGUGCUGAUCCCAAGACUGUAAUUUCGCGUCUCGAAUUUCUGUGUGUCGCGAAAUUGUGUGCGUGGAAGAAGGAUUAAAAGAAUAAGAGACCAUCCCUUGGGAGAACCAUCAUCAAGCGCUACACAAACAUAACCUCAACACUUGUUCCGGACGCGUGAAUAGACUUCUUUUCCAGGACAAAAUGACCGAUAUGGAUGAUACACACUUUGAGACCGGAGAUUCCGGUGCCUCCGCCACCUAUCCGAUGCAGUGCUCAGCACUUCGCAAGAACGGUUUCGUCAUGCUGAAGUCACGCCCAUGCAAAAUUGUCGAGAUGUCCACCUCGAAGACGGGAAAACACGGACACGCCAAAGUCCACUUGGUUGGCAUUGAUAUUUUCUCAGGCAAAAAAUACGAGGAUAUUUGUCCUUCCACUCACAAUAUGGAUGUGCCACAUGUUAAACGCGAAGAUUAUCAAUUGACUGAUAUCAGUGAUGACGGGUAUUUGACACUAUUGCGCGAAAAUGGGGACUUGCGUGAGGAUCUCAAGCUUCCGGACAGCGAACUUGGUGCUCAAUUGCGUUCUGAAUUCGACAGCGGCAAGGAACUCUUGUGCACCGUGUUGCAUUCAUGUGGUGAAGAGUGCGUGAUUGCCAUCAAAACAAACACUGCCCUCGAGAAAUAAGUCGGUUGGUGCGCCUGCAUUGUGGUGUGGGAGGUACGAGAAGGUGUUGAAUGAAAAAAAUAAAAAAGAAAUAAAUAAAUCAGAAGGAAAAUUUAUAAAAUGAGAAAAAAAAAUUCACAACACACAGGAAAGAAAGAAAAAAAGAGAAUCAUAUUCCAAAAAUUAACAAACAAAAAAAAUCACUUAAAAAAGAAGCAAAAAAAAAAUUGUAAUCACAAAUCACUUGCAUUGUAACUUUCCUUUUCUUCUUCCGAAAUGCUUUUCUUCCACGCAUUUUUUUUUAAUGGAAAAUCUGAAGAAAUGAAAAAUCCCCUCUUUACCCGUUUAUGAACAAUUUUUUCCGUAUUAAGAAAAAAAAGAACUUUUGCUUAAUUCCUAAGGAAGACUAAAUAAGAAAAUGUUUGAAAAAAAAUUCUCUUGGGGGGAAUUUUUUUUAUUAAUUUCUCUGGAAGAAUAUUGCUAAAA